UUUACUCCACUCCACUCCGACCCCUCCUCUUCCCUCUCCUCUGACCAAACAUAUGGAGUCCAGCAGCUUGUAACAAAGGCAGUGAGGAGGACAACUCCUAAAAAGAGAGAUAAAUGGUGGGAGGGAAAGUUUGCCGUUGGCUUCCUGGGCUGAGCUGCAUGUGCUGGCUGAGUGUUGGUGUUACAAUAGGAGGCAAUCCGCUUUUCCUGAGUGUUUUCUCACAUUGAACAGCGGAAGAACGAACUGGGCUGGAGAAGACUUCUGGAAGCAGCUGUAAAGAGGAGAGAAAGCCAAAAAGGGAGAAAAGACAGUGGUGAAGAAGAAGCAGGAGCAGGAGGAGUUGGACUGAGAGGCUGGAAAAGAGAAAACCAAAGAGGAGACUCACCUGAGCCACCUCUCUGCUCCGCAGGUGGAGCCCUCUCCUUCCCUCCCCUUUCCCUCCCUCCUCCCCCCCUGACAUGGGCCGCCUGCUGGCCCUGACCCUCGCCUACCUGGCCUACCUGCUGGCCGUUGCGAUCGCCUCGGAGCGCCAGCAGCACCACGUGCAGCACGGCCCCUGCAGCUACACCUUCAUCCUCCCGGAGGUGGAGCACUGCCGCCCUUUGCAGGACUUCCAGGUCACUAACACUCUCCAGAGGGACUCGCCGCCUGAAGCUGACCAAAAUACAAGCCAGUCUAAGCCGGGCAAGGGCCAGAAAGAGAGGCCUUCCUGGCAGGAGAAGAAGCUGGAGAGUUUGGAGAGUGCCAUGGAGAAUAACACCCAGUGGCUGCAGAAGCUGGAGAACUUCAUACAAGAGAAUGUGCGCUCUGGGAUGGAGGAAAUAAAGAGAACAGCGGUGCACACUCAGACAGCCGCCAUGCUGGAGAUGGGAACCAACCUCCUCAGCCAAUCAGCCGAGCAGACCCGGAAACUGACAGACGUGGAGACCCAGGUGUUGAAUCAAACAAGUCGCCUGGAGAUUCAGCUGCUUGAGUACUCACUCUUUACAAACAGGCUGGAGAAACACAUUCUUCUGCAGACACAAGAGAUUUCACGCCUCAGCGACAAAAACAGUUUCCUGGAACAGAGGCUCUUGGCGCUGGAGGUUCGAUACGGGAGGGAGCUGCAGGGCUUGCAGAGUGAAAAGCAGCAGCUUCAAGAGCUUCUGGAGAGGCAGAGUCGACUGGUUAAUCAGCUGCAGGGCGAACUGGGCAGCUCCAUGCUCAACAGCACCCUGCUGCAGAGACAGCAGGCCGUGCUCACAGAUACCGUUCAGCAGCUGCUGGCCAUGGUCAACCACUGCAAAGAAAUCUCCAAUACACCAAAAGAGGAGGCGCUGAGUUUCAGAGACUGUGCUGAAAUCCUGAGAUCUGGUGUGAUGGAGAGUGGAGUAUACAGCAUACGCCUACCUAACACCACACACACCAUCAAGGUGUUCUGUGAUAUGAAGACCAGAGGAGGCGGGUGGACGGUGCUGCAGCAUCGGAGGAACGGCUCUGUAGAAUUCCAUCGUGGGUGGAGGGAUUACAAAGUGGGUUUUGGAGAUCCGUCUGGGGAGCACUGGUUGGGAAAUGAUAUCAUCCACAAACUGACCAGCUCCCAAGAAUACAGUCUGCACAUCCAGCUACAGGACAGGGAGGGGAACGAGGCUUUCUCACAUUACGACCGCUUCUACAUAGACGGAGAGGGUAACAACUACAGCCUUCACGCCGAGGGCUUCAGUGGCACAGCUGGACGCACCAGCAGCCUCACCCACAGCGGCACCCAGUUCAGCACCAAGGACAGAGACAACGACCGCUGCACCUGCAAAUGCGCUCAGCUCGCAUCGGGAGGUUGGUGGUUUGAAGCGUGCGGUCCAUCCAACCUGAAUGGCAUAUAUUACCCCAGCUCAUCCAGUGUGGUCCGUUACAAUGGCAUUAAGUGGUACUACUGGAAGGGACCCAACCUGAUGGCUACCAUGACCACCAUGAUGGUCCGCCCUACCAAUUUCUAGAGCUGUGGCUUAUCCAGGAUGUGAAAUUUUAAAGUGAAUGUAAGCCCUGACACAUAUAAUGAACAAUAUCCAGGAAAGCAUGCCACAUGGGAGGACCGAACUGUCGGCUGUUCGAGACUCUGGACAUUUGAAAGGGUGCUUUGGAUUCUGACCGAGGACAUAUGCUCUGCAAAUAAUCAUGAUUUUGGUGAAUUCCAUGGUGAAAUACUCUUCAAAAAUAUUCUUUAUUAAGAUGCCUGGACUGUAUUUUUGUUAAGGCCAAGCUGAUAUAGGAGAAAGAACAUAAAAGCUUUGCUAUAGAUUAGGUCAUGCAUUUUAUUUAAAUAUUUUUUCCCAUUUGCAGAGUUAUUUUGACACAACCAUGCUGGUUUCCCCAUGAUAGUGACUUAGAGAGAUUCUAUGGGUUGGAUGAUUUGCUUGCCUUAAGUCUGUUAGUCAUGGCAGAUGGAGGUCAGCGAGGCCCCUUCAAGGUGAGACCAACCGGAGUGCUGGCAUGAAAGCUAUGCAAACAUUAAAACGCUGUGAAGUUUUUCCAAUAUGUACAUUUACCUGGAUGUUGCUUCUUAGCUCUAGUGUUCCUUAAAACCAGCAAAAUUACAACCAGCUCAUGACCCCUUGUGGUGGCACCUUUUGUCCUUUCAUUUGAAAAAAUAGCACCUUUACAAACAACAUAUUAAAUGCAAGUUUUUACAGAUAACAAAGACCAUUCAGAUAUAAAACAAAUAAAAAACUAGAAACCUUCAAAAUAAAGGAAAAACACUUUCUUACACAGAAAUUAAAAAAAAGACUUUAAACUUUCCCAUUUCUCAAAAAACAUGUUGUUAACCUCUAAAAAAUAAACAACGUUAAGUAGACACUCUUUAACACACAAAACAGCAGUUUCAGACACAAAAACACCCAGAUUACACUCAGAUUUUAGGUAUGGGGUUCAGCAUCAAAUAUUUGAAUAACUGAGUAUUCCAGUGAUUAUUCAGAUGACUGUUUGAGUAAUCUUAUAAGAAAUAUUCCAUGCUCAGCAUGUUUUCAAAUUUAUCACUUUUGCCUUAAUCAAGAGCAAUCUGGAUGCACUCAUUCAUGUUGCUCUAGUAUGUUUGUAUGGGAUCUUUUGCUUAAAAUGUUGUUUUUUGGUUGGUACUGUAUAGGGGUUUCGUAGUUAUACUUACUUUACGUCAGUCAAAGCACUCUGCAAAGCCUGAGCCUUUCCUGAGUGUUUAGGUCUUUACAGACUGGGUCCGUUAUUUUCGGAUGCAUUUUUUUCGGAUCCAUAAUCCGAAAAAUGUCGCGCACUCUGACCUUGUACACUGGUUCCGAUCAAGCGGCAACCUCCGGUCCUGAAAAAUGAAGCCAAUGUGAAAGUGCAAAAAAUUGCUAUACCGCGAGUGUCCACUUGAGGCUGGCUGCAGGAACACCAGAAGUCCCAUCUGCACACAUG